GAAGAGGCCGAGGCGACGAGGGAGGGCACCAUGGUCGACUCGACUAGCGGGGAGGACGUGGACGUCCGUCCAAACUAAGGAGAGAGACACAGAGAGAGAGGGAGACAACGAUAAAGAGGAAGGGGGAGAGAGUGAGAUUGAGCGAGACUCGAGUCAGUGUUUUUCAUGAUCCCGGGGAGAUCGGAGGAAGUCGCCCAAAGUUGGUCUGAUUUCCGUUGUGAGUGAUGUUAUUAUAGCGUGACUUCCAGGACUGCCAGAGACCCAAGAUUGUGUCGCUAAGGUCCUCCUGACCAUAGGCUAGUUCACCCAAAUACUCCUUUCUUCAAUCCGGAACACUCCUCAAAAUCUUUCCCACCCUUAGCCAACCUCCCCACAACAACCCUCCUCCCUCGCUUUCGACUUGCAUUAUCCUCCGAAUUUAUUGAUCCCAAUUCGCUGCUGUAGUUGUUGUUGUGGACAACUUCCUGACUGUCAUACUCCACGUUCAAUAUGAAGCUAUCCCCGAGAGAGGAUCGAAAAUUCGACUCUCCCAAUGUUGGAUCGCCAAACUAUCCCUCGGAGGAGGACGCAGAGGAUCUCAGAUCCCGAGGUGGUGAUGGCCUCAAACUGGGCAUUGUCCGGCUUGGCAGAGCUGGUGGAAAGACCAAAUAUGCCUUACUGGACGAACGUGAUAUUUGCCUUGUUCAUCAGUAUACCUUCGAGGCUCGAACUGAGAUUGACAAGAACGGCUGUGGGGCGACAAUUUAUGCUUAUGCCUACAUAUUUGAGAAAGGGCGAAAUUCAGGCCAAUACGUCCAUGAUCUCUUGUGGGAACGUCACUGUGGCGGAAUUGCACCGGGCUUCAAGGUGGUCCAUACGAAUUGUGUGAGUGUGGACAACCGUCUAGAAAACUUGAUGCUGGUUCCCGAAGCAUUGGCUUCCAGAUGGUGCCAGCACAAUGGAUCCACGGCUCCCGAGUCGAAAAACAGUAAUGUGCUCGUUAAUAGCCGUGGAGGGCGGUUAAACCUAAAUGCAGCCACGGCAGCCUUCCUCGACAAGGACAGCACAUCCAAGACCAACCCUGAGCAAAGCCUUUAUUGGAUAGCCAUCCAGCAACUUCCAUCCGAGCCGCUCGAUGAGCUGAAUGAACCCAAUGUGAUGCGAUACUACAAUUGCAAUGGAGAGAUCGUGGAAGAAGAGGAGGAUUCGUUCUGUUAUUAUGAAUGCAGGCAUCCCCCUUGUUCUAGGAUUGAGCGAGAGCUCCGAGAGUUCUCGAUUUGCGGAAGAUGUCAGGAAGCCAGAUAUUGUGGAACCGCCUGUCAGCAACGUGACUGGCCCGCUCAUAAGAAGUACUGCCGAGAGAAGCGGAGAAUUGCACCCCCAUUCCUAGAGCGCAAACCCGAACGUUGAAAUAGUGGCUUCAGUGGGCAGCCUUUGACCAUCUCACUCCAAUUUCCUCUUCAUACCGAUGGAAACCCAAUGGGACUCGAGCAAUCACGGGGAUUCUUCACCCACACCAAAGAAACAAACUAAACCUCAGCUAGUUUACGAUUUCACAUCAUCUAAGGAAGUUGUCUUUCUCUCUAAUGUGACCAAGGCAAAGUGAUUGCCUGGAUCAUCCUAUCUCUUUUUCCUCUUCGAAUGGAUGCAAUAACGCAAAGUGCUGCAAUCUUUUGGAACUUCAACUUCCACAGUUAACCAUCAUAACAUCACCGAAACCUUCAAGUCCAAAUCUGGUGGAAAAUUCUCUCUUUUCAGUUCAUGACUUCGAUCAACUCUGCAAAAUCAUAGUAUCUCUUGUCAACAAAGUCUCACCCUUGAUUUGCUCAUCAUAUCCACGGACCGUUCCCCAAUCACCUCAUUACCCUAAUCAUUGUAUCAUCAAGGCCUAACAAAAUUAGCAAUCGACUUUCACUAUUUAUUGA